GUCAAAGGUUGAAAUAGACAAUGUUGCACGUUGAAAUAUUGAAAUGUCAAUUACAGGUGAAAUAUAUGUGAAACAAGGAUGGAUCUGCUAAGGGCAAUCAUUGUUGGACCUCAAGGCACUCCCUCCCUAUCAUGAUGGUAUUUUUGUCUUCGAUGCCAUUUUCCCUCCCACAUACCCAGAUAAACCACCGAUGUUUCACUUUAAAACUGCUGGAUUGAGUAUGAAUCCUAACCUUUACGCCUGCGGUAAAGUCUGCUCAGCCUUCUCAACACGUGGACUGGUGACAGUAGUGAGAAUUGGCAGCCAAAUAAAUCAACCAUGCUGCAAGUAUUGGUCUCUAUACAGGGAUUAGUUUUGAAUGCAAACCCAUUCUUCAACGAGCCUGGGUACGGAUUUACUACUUAUGUUGGUGAUAUGUGAAGUUAAACACCCGCCAACGCAUUUUGAAGAACUCAUAACAAGUCAUUUUAAGAUCCAUGCUCAUGAUAUCUUGUCGGCAUGUAAAGCCUAUAGCGAGGGAGCCCCGGUUGGUUCUUUUGUUAACGGUAGAGUUGUGGCCAAUAAUAUGCCAGAAAAUGGUGGCUCAUGUAACUUCAAGUCAGCUGUAACUAGAAUGACGAAUGUUCUUGUUUCUGUUUUUACAAGAUAUGGCGCCAAGGACUGUGAGCGGUUCAUACUUCCAGACUGAUCGAUGUAGGGUGAGUUUAUAAAGAAGGUGUGAUAGAAAGCAUAUAUACGUGGGUAGUGGUACUUGUUCAUCCUAUGCUUGCUUUUGUGUAUGUUACUUUAUUUCAUAUGUUGGAGAUAGGAUUUCCAUUCAAGCAACAAUGCACAACUUUUAAAUCGAUCCCAUUUCGUGCUCAGUUGAAGGCUACCAAGUUGGCG